CAUUUAUUACCGUUGUUUUGUUGUAUUGGUCACGUUGUAUUUUACAUUAUCCACUCAUUAUUUUGCGCCUCAAAUAGAUUGCUUUUAUUACUACUAUUAAUGUUAUUUGUCUGGCCAAAGACUGGAGGAAGAAAAUUGCACAUCUGCAACUUUAAGACCCCACACGCCUCCCCUCCGUCAGCUCCAACAAUGGUCUUUUCCAGCUCCGCUUAUCACAGCACAAUUUGUAACAUGCCAUCAUUUCUCCGCCGGUGUGUGCAGCCCCGGAAAUCAAAUGUCAUUACCCGACGCGGCUAAUUUGGCGAUUAUUCCUGCGCUUUUGUCUGCCGACGAUGCCAGCGGCGGGGACCGGCCGCGCCUUCUCCAUCGGAUCCUCGGCGACGCCGGCUGCGCGCUCUGAAGAAGCCUCCUAGGAUCGUGCGCUUGAUGGUUUAGCUCGCGGAGACUGCAGUUGUCAUUGAUCCGCGGCCACAGCCUCUACUGCGAGCGAGCGAAGGAGCGAGCCAGCCAAGAUGAUGUGCGAGGUGAUGCCCACCAUCAGCGAGGACACGGCGCUGAGCCAGCGCGGCUCUCAGAGCAGCUCCUCGGACCCGGACUCCCAUUUUGAGCAGCUGAUGGUCAACAUGCUGGACGAGCGGGACCGGCUGCUGGACACGCUGAGGGAAACCCAGGAGAGCCUGGGCCUGGCUCAGCAGCACCUUCAGGACGUGAUCUACGACCGUGACUCGCUGCAGCGCCAGCUCAGCUCCGCCCUGCCACAGGAGUUUGCUGCACUGACCAAGGAGCUGAACGCCUGCAGAGAGCAGCUGCUGGAGAAGGAGGAGGAGAUCUCAGAGCUGAAAGCUGAGAGGAACAACACCAGGCUACUGCUGGAACAUCUGGAGUGCCUAGUGUCUCGACAUGAGCGCUCGCUGCGCAUGACGGUGGUCAAGCGGCAGGCUCAGUCUCCCUCUGGCGUCUCCAGCGAGGUCGAGGUCCUCAAAGCUCUCAAGUCCUUGUUUGAGCACCACAAAGCUCUGGAUGAGAAGGUACGAGAGAGACUACGGGUGUCACUGGAGAGAGUGUCUGCCUUGGAGGAGGAGCUCACAGCAGCCAAUCAGGAGAUUGUGGCCUUACGGGAGCAGAAUGCUCAUAUUCAGAGGAAAGUGGCAUCUGGAGAGGGAGCAGAGGACAUGCUGGAGGGAAGCGAGGCUCAGCAGAAGAUCCAUGGCAAACGUCUAUCCAACGGCUCACUGGAGUCGGCCCGCGAGGCCAGUCAGGUGGUGGAGCUGCAGGACCUGCUGGAGAAGCAGAACUACGAGCUGGCCCAGAUGAAGGAGCGCAUGUCCUCCCUCUCCUCCCGGGUGUCCGAGGUGGAGCAGGAGCUGGAAACGGCCCGCAAGGACCUCAUCAAGUCAGAGGAGAUGAACAACAAGUACCAGAGGGAUAUCAAAGAGGCCAUGUGCCAGAAGGAGGACAUGGAGGAACGGAUCGUCACGCUGGAGAAACGCUACCUGAGCGCCCAGAGAGAGUCCACCUCGCUGCACGACAUCAACGACAAGCUGGAGAACGAGCUGGCCAACAAGGAGGCGUUCCUCAGGCAGAUGGAGGAGAAGAACAGGCAGCUGCAAGAGAGGCUGGAGCUGGCGGAGCAGAAGCUGCAGCAGACCAUGAGGAAGGCCGAGACGCUGCCGGAGGUAGAGGCGGAGCUGGCUCAGAGGAUAGCAGCCCUCACCAAGGCGGAGGAGCGUCACGGGAGCAUCGAGGAGCGAAUGAGGCACUUGGAAUGCCAGCUGGAGGAGAAGAACCAGGAGCUGCUGCGGGCUCGACAAAGAGAGAAGAUGAAUGAAGAGCACAACAAGCGACUGUCAGACACCGUGGACAGGCUUCUCACAGAGUCCAAUGAGCGUCUGCAGCUUCACCUGAAGGAGAGGAUGGCAGCGCUGGAGGAGAAGAACAUGCUGAUCCAAGACUCAGAAGGGUACAGGAAACAGUACGAGGACUCGAUCCAUGAAAAAUCGCAGCUGGCAGAGGAGAUCGAGAAGCUGAGAUCGGAGUUGGACCAGUUCAGACUGAGGGCAGGCUCCCUCACAGAACCCACCCUGUCCAGGUCUCAUCUGGACACGUCAGCAGAGCUUCGAUUCUCUCUGGGAUCUUUGGCCGAAACCCAGUCGGACCAUUACCGCUCAGCCAAGGUCAUCCGGCGGCCGAGGAGGGGUCGAAUAGGCCUACGGGAAACGAAGGCUAAAUCGCUGGGGGAACACGAGUGGCGCUCGCAGCAGCUCGGGGUUCUGGGAGGCCACCACUUUGAGAGCGACACAGAGAUGUCAGACAUCGACGACGACGACAGGGAGACGUUGUUUAGCUCCAUGGACCUGCUGUCGCCCAGCGGACACUCCGAUGCCCAGACCCUGGCCAUGAUGCUGCAGGAGCAGCUGGACGCCAUCAACAAGGAGAUUCGGCUGAUACAGGAGGAGAAGGAGUCGACGGAGCUCCGGGCAGAGGAGAUCGAGAACCGGGUGGCCAGCGUCAGCCUCGAGGGGCUCAACCUGGCCCGAAUGCACCACCACGGAGCCUCCAUCACUGCCUCGGCCACUGCCUCCUCUCUGGCUUCCUCUUCCCCACCCAGCGGACACUCCACCCCCAAACUGGACCCUCGAAGCCCCGCACGAGACAUGGAGCGCAUGGGGGUCAUGACACUGCCCAGCGAUCUGAGGAAACACAGACGAAAGAUCGCAGCGGUGGACGAGGACGGCCGCGAGGACAAGGCCACCAUCAAGUGUGAGACAUCCCCCCCUCCGACGCCGCGCACCGUCCGAAUGACACACACACUGCCUGCCUCCUCGCACAACGACGCACGAGGCAUCGUGUCCUCUCUGGAGGCUGAGGCCAGCACCCUGAGCAGCGUAGCCAGCAGCCAGGACUCCCUGCACAAACAGCCCAAGAAGAAGGGCAUCAAAUCCUCCAUCGGACGCCUGUUCGGCAAGAAGGAGAAGGGCCGACUGGCUCACAUGGCACACAGACACGUCAUGGUGGAUCCACAGGCAACCAUGAUGGACCCAGACAUGGCGGGCCAGGACAUGGGCGGGAGCAAGCUGGGCACUCAGGCAGAGAAGGACCGCAGGUUGAAAAAGAAGCACGAGCUGCUGGAGGAGGCCAGGAGAAAGGGCUUACCUUUCGCCCAGUGGGACGGACCCACCGUUGUAGCCUGGCUCGAGCUGUGGUUGGGAAUGCCGGCCUGGUACGUGGCGGCCUGCCGUGCCAACGUGAAGAGCGGCGCCAUCAUGUCGGCCCUGUCCGACACCGAGAUCCAGAGGGAGAUCGGCAUCAGCAACCCGCUGCACCGGCUCAAGCUCCGCCUGGCCAUCCAGGAAAUGGUGUCCCUCACCAGCCCCUCGGCCCCGCCCACCACCAGAACCCCGUCAGGCAAUGUUUGGGUGACCCACGAGGAGAUGGAGACGCUGGCAGCCCCUUCCAAAACGAAGUCAGCGUCUGAGGAGGGGAGCUGGGCUCAGACUCUAGCGUACGGAGACAUGAACCAUGAGUGGAUAGGGAACGAAUGGCUGCCCAGUCUAGGACUACCUCAGUACCGCAGCUACUUCAUGGAGUGUCUGGUGGACGCCCGCAUGCUGGACCACCUCACCAAGAAGGACCUGAGGGUGCACCUCAAAAUGGUCGACAGCUUCCACAGAACAAGUUUACAGUACGGAAUAAUGUGUCUGAAGAAGCUGAACUACGACAGGAAGGAGCUGGAGAGACGCAGGGAGCAGAGCCAGCACGAGAUGAGAGACGUCCUGGUGUGGAGCAACGAGCGGGUCAUUCGCUGGGUGCAGAGCAUAGGCCUCAGGGACUACGCCAACAUCCUGCUGGAGAGCGGCGUCCACGGAGCUCUGGUCGCCCUGGACGACAACUUUGACUACAGCAGCCUGGCGCUGCUGCUCCAGAUCCCCACCCAGAACACUCAGGCACGUCAGCUUCUGGAGCGAGAGUACAACAAUCUGCUGGCGCUGGGCACCGACAGGAGGCUGGACGAGUGCGAUGACAAAGACUUCCGCGGACCAUCGUGGAGGAGGCAGUUCCCACCGCGAGACGUCCACGGGAUCAGUAUGAUGCCCGGCUCCGCAGAGACGCUCCCCGCUGGUUUCCGUCUCACGGCGACGUCUGGUCACUCGCGGAGGCUGCCUCCUGAGGUCCUCUAUGAGGCGCUGGAUGACAGUCCUGACGACAUAUAUUUGGACUGGUUUCAAGUCGGACCCUCUGCUGUGCAGCGGCUGGACAGCUCCACGGUGAGAACCUACUCCUGCUGAGAGGAAGAGAAGGACCUUAAACUGUACGCUGUCCAGUUCUGAAAGGAGAUCCGCUCGUGGAGCCGCCGGGAACAAACUCCUCUGACAACAAGCACUGCCAAGAAGAAGCCCUGCUCCCUCUGACCUCUCCAUCCUCCAUCAUGUGGGCACCAGGCGCCGGUGCUAACUGUCCUGCAGGCUGCCGCCGCCACCAUUUUUACCUUUUACAUGUACAGUAACUUGUCAAAGCAUAACGUACUGUGUAUUUCUUCUACAGGAGAUGUGUAGGUUCUAUGUAAAUUAAUAUAAAUAUGCCAUUUUUUUAAUAUAUAUACACAUCUAUGUAUAAAAGAUAUUCAGAGUUCAUCCCUGCCACUUCAUGUAGUGGACCAUAGAUGAAUAUAUGCUGCUCUCCAACUGUCUCCAUGUUCCACAGCCCCCACAUCAUUUUGUACAUAUGGUUUUAUUUUUUUCAUCGUGCUGAUGAACCUGUGCUGCUCCAUGGACAGGAAGAGGCUGGCGCCACCUAGUGGUGCUCAGCAGGCGCCUCACCAACAAACCUGAGUCACGGACACAAACGACAAGCACUUUGACUCAGUCGAGGACAACACAAGAGCUGUCGCUGUCCGAAACUGCACAAACGUCCUCGCAGAGAACAAGCCGUUACUCGUACUGUACGCUGGGUCGGGCCGGGCUGAACCGGGCCGGUCUUCUCCCACCCUUCACAGGAAAUAACUGAAAGACAGACCGCUUUAGCGCCGUGUACAUGACCAUGGUGAAGUGAGGUGACUUAACGCUUGCUGUGACUUACUUUGGUGUAGAUGUGAACUCUUCAUGUGGGGGUUUCCAGGGCAACCUGCUCUUCAGCCCUGUUCUCUGUCUUUGAGUUAUUUCUGACCAACGACUCGAACCAGUCAUGAAGCUUUUAGUUGGUUUUUAAAUCGAUUUGCACGAACGACGAUUCAUUUUUGUUUGGGUCCGUUUUUUUAUUUAUUACUUCUUGUACUUUGGUCAAAACUAAGUGGUGAGCAAACAAGUUUUCAUUGUCAAUAAAAGAAAAAAGAUCA